CUAGGGCGGCAAAAACCCUGGCGCCGCUCCUGCACCUGAGGUAUGUAUCAGCUACAUUACAAGCCCUUCAGGAGGCAGGACUAACAGCCAAACCAACCAAAUGCCAGCUGGCCCGGCAAGAGGUGACCUACUUGGGUUACCGAGUAGAAUGGGGGCAGUUGAGACUGCUCAUCGACAAAGUGCAGGCCCUGGCAAAAUGUAGCAUUCCUAUGACAAAAUGCCAGGUACACUGCUUCCUUGGCCUCAGGGGGUACUACCAGUACUUCAUACCCAACUUCACUACCAUUGUGGUGCCCUUGACAGACCUGGUAAAGAAUUCUAGCCCAAGGAAGAUCCUGUGGUCAGUGUCUCCAAGAGGGCCUUCUAGGAGCUAAAAGAGUGGAUGAGCCAAGAACCCGCGCUUGCCCAUCCCAACUUCAACAAGAAGUUUACACUCCAAACAGACGCCUACAAGGUAGGCCUGGGUGAGAUGCUAUCCCUAGACAUCAAUGGAGAAGAAGUUGUUUCUGCAAGAAACUGCCUACUUGCACCCCGAGAAUUAGGCUCUAGCAAUGAAAUGGGCAGUGGAUGCUUUAAAGUAUUACUUUUGGGGGAAUGUCUUUCAGCGAGUGUCUGGCCAUGUGCUGCUACAGAGGCUGAACACCUUGAAAGAACACCAACCCCAGAAUUAUGCAGUGGUACGUCUCCCUGCAGCUGUAUAGCUCCGAAAUCCUUCACUUGCUAGAGAAGGAUCACAAAAAUGCAGAUUUUUUUCCUUGAGAGACGGGGGUUGCAAGAACCACAGAACCGCUUCCCAGCCCUGAUUCUGAAGAGGGAGGGUGUGUGAUGGGGUGUAUAAAUUCCUCACUGGACAGAAGGGGAUUAAGAAGCAACUCUGGGUUCAGGAGGCCCUGCCCCUCCGCCUGUGCCAAGCAUGCUUGGGAUGGAGGCAGGGUUUAAAAGGCAGCCAGACAGCUCAGUUGGCGCUGGCAGGCCAAGGAGAAGGAUGAGCUCUGGAGGCUCCAGGGGAGACAUGGCUGGAUCCUGCAAUAAGCCUGGGAAUGGGGGGAGCCACAGCCCGCAAGAGACUAGGACCAUGGCAAGGAGCCCAGAAGGCAGCAGUCCCCGGGGAUGGCCGGCUGGGAUGCGAAGGAAGGGAGAAAGUGACUCAGGGAAGUUGACUUGAGGCUGACCCAAGGCACUGCAGGGUGAGCGAAGCCGAACCAGCCUCCCAGAGCCCUGAGUUAGAACCCGGUGGAGUGGCAGGGUUGAGGUUCUCCUACUCCAUGGAAGAAUUGUUCCCACUAGCCGGGGUUGCUGCCAGAGACUAACCAUUAGGUGUAGCCGUCACCGUGGGCCCUAACCGCUAGAUGGGAGAUGCUGCCUCCCGCCCAGAAGGGGUAAUACUGAAAAAACAAUGAGUGAUGCUUUCCAGAAACAACUGUCCCAAUCCAUCAUGAGUUUUUUGUGGACUUUUUAGGUUUGUGGAUUAGCCCAGUGUGUAUUAGGAAGGUUCUAUUUCAAGUGACAAGUCAGAAAGCAGCCAGAGCCAACUGGUUUCAUUUGUUUAACAGUGGGCGUUUCCUUUACCUGUUGGACAAAAUUGGACUCACCUCCCAGUAGGUGGAGCUACAAAACCUUAUAACUCAAAGGCACGAUUUCUUAUUCAAGAAGACUUUGGACUGGAUCAGGAGUCACAGAGGAAGCCAGACACUUGGAAGCAUGGCUGGGAAACCCAAACUGUACUAUUUCAAUGGAAGAGGCCGAAUGGAAACAAUACGGUGGCUGUUGGCAGCAGCUGGAAUCGAGUUUGAAGAACAAUUCUUUGAAACAAGGGAAGAGCUUUUAAAGUUACUGCAGGAUGGAGCCCUGCUGUUUCAACAAGUGCCCAUGGUAGAAAUUGAUGGAAUGAAGAUGGUGCAGACCAGAGCCAUUCUCAACUACAUAGCAGGGAAACACAACCUCUAUGGGAAGGACAUGAAGGAGAGAGCACUGAUUGAUAUGUAUGUGGAAGCAACAAUGGAUCUGAAUGAACUCAUGAUGCAUUAUCCUAUCCAGCCACCGGAGGCAAAGGCAAAGCAUCUUGCCAAAAUCGUUGAGAAGGCCACAACCAGAUACUUCCCUGUAUAUGAAAAGGCUUUGAAAGUCCAUGGACAGGAUUUUCUUGUUGGCAACCGAUUCAGCAGGGCAGAUGUACAGCUGCUUGAAACCAUUCUAAUGGCAGAAGAGUGCAAGCCUGAUAUACUCUCCAAAUUCCCUGUCUUACAGGCUUUUAAAGCAAGGAUAAGUAACAUCCCCACAAUUAAGAAAUUCCUGCAGCCUGGCAGCCAGAGGAAACCACCGCUAGAUGAAAAAUCAAUUCCAAAAGUGAUGAGCAUUUUCAACAUUGGCAAUGAAUGAUGGCUUAAAAUCAUGGCAGCUGUUUUACUACAUGGCAGCUGUUUUGUGUAUUAGCUGUAAAACUGCAAAGUGAAGUCAAUUCAAAGUGUGAAAAUUAUAGUGACAGAAUCAGUUAAUACAAGCUAGAAAUUAUGUAUGCAAAAAUGUCCACAGUAAAUCCAAAUAACUGCGCUAGCACAUGAAAUGGUUCACUGAAUUAUAGGCUGCGCAGAGCAAAAGGGGUGGCAUUAAACCACUAGCUUUAAGAGAAUAAAAUGAAAUAAAACAUCUCAUUCCU